AUGAACAGUGGACAACUAACACACUUACGCCGGCAACCGACCGCCUACUGCGGCCGAAUCGACAGAGACUUCGGCGUUAGCAACUCCGACGCCGCCUCGGACACGAUAACAUGCAUUCGUUGGGCUCCCAGCACCGGCGGCUCAGGCUACCGAUUGGCGUCAACGUCCUGGGACGGCAAGGCCCGCAUAUACGACAUUUCCAACGACGGUAGCUGCAGGUUGGGGGCAGUCUUUGGCAUAGAUGACCAACCGCUGUUUACAUGCGCUUGGAACAAGGUGAGCAAGGGAGUCCGUGACGAAGCCUCCAUGACAGCAGCAGCCGGAGCCGACAAGUCCAUAACCCUGCACACGCCCGCAGGACGACGCCACGCCCACACCUUUGCAGCACACGACGCGCCCAUCAGCGGCAUCUGCAUGCCCGAAGUCUUGUCGCACCAGGACCGGAUCCUGAUCAGCGCGUCGUGGGACCAGACCGCGCGCGUCUGGGACCUCCGCAGCAGCAGAUCCCCCGUGCACGUCAUCCCGCUGCCCGAGCGCGCCACCGCUCUCGCCUCGGCGGGCCCCGAGGUCCUGAUCGCGACGGCGGACCGCGCAGUGCACGCGGUCGACCUCGUGCGCGGCAUGGGCGUCGUUCAGCGCUCCGUGGAGGCGCAGCUGCACCACGGGGUCACGGCGCUCGCGGUGGCGGCGGAUCACAAGACGUGGGCGGUUGGGGUGGAUAGUUUGAGUGUUGCGGAUCAGAGAUUCAGAAAGUUCUCCUUCAAAGCCCACCGCGACCCGAGAGACGCAGACGGCGAGGUCAAGGUGUGGACCAUCAACGACGUGUGCUUCAACCCGCGCGACAGCGACGUCCUGAGCACGGCGGCCUCGGACGGCACUUUUGUCUUUUGGGACAUUGCGAGGCGCCUCAGGCUUUGCACCUUUCCUGCCCUCCAGGGAGCCAUCACGGCGACGUCCUUCAGCCCAGACGGCCGGGUGUUUGCCUAUGCCGUCGGCUACGAUUGGUCGAGAGGGUAUGCUCAUAACCACCCCGAGUAUCCGACCAAGUUGAUGCUACACCCAGUGGAGAUGGAGGAACUUGGCACGAGGUUGUCAAGGCUUCGGUAAGGGCGGAUUAUGUGACCUUUUCAUGUAGCAUUUAUUUCUUGCUUCCUCCUUUCGGUGGAUACAAGAGCUAGACACAAUCUCAGACUGCCCCUGACUGAGAACAGAAAAAGGGGCGCAAUGACGUAUCAACCAGGUCAUGUCUGUUCUGG